CUUUGGAAGUAUUUAUUACUUUCCUUAGCAACAGAGCAGACUUACUGGAGACUUUGCAAGAAAGUAAAGGUAAAAAUUACAAAACGGAAAAUAAAAAUACUACCAACCUAUGUAUAGAUACUAAUAACAAUAAUAGUUCAUUUAACAAAAAAAACACAAACAAAACAUUCAACAAACAACAUAAAAAACUAUUUACAUGUCCGGUAUGCAAUCAAACUCAUUUUCUCUUUAACUGUGAAACAUUCAGAGCCCUUCCUAUAGAAAGUCGUAUUCAAAAGGCUAAAGAAUCAAAGGUCUGUCUUAAUUGUUUACGGCCUGGGCACUUAGAAAAAAGUUGCAACCUUGUGCCAUGUAAAUAUUGCAAACAAAGGCAUAACACGCUGUUACACUUGCAUGAGCCCGUGGCUCAUUCUGAGCCCACGGCUUCCCCUGUUUGUCACUUCGCGGAAUCAAGCCACGAUGUACCGCAAUGUACUACUGCGCCGCAUGCUUUGAUGUCCACAGCGAUCGUGAAGGUGCGCGACGGCGCGGGCAACGUGCAUACGGCCCGGCUGCUUCUGGACAACGGAAGUUCCUGCCACUUCGUAACAGAAUCACUCUGCGAUUUUUGAAGUCUUCCUCCACAUACUUCAACCCGGGCAGCAUGUUAAGUACUGGAUAUACGCACGGGAGGAGACGCGCGGGCGGCGGGCAGCACGCGACGUCAUCGCGGCAAGCCGCGAGCGACGCGCGGCACACUCACUUGCCUUUACCUACUUCACCGGCAACGGACGAAUACCGAAUAUAAUUUUAUAAUUGUUUGGCCGGGAUUUCUUGCUGU